AUGCGGAGCUCCAUUGCAUUCGUGGUUUCAUUUUGUCUCUUGGGACGGGUUUCCGGGCAAGUCAACUCAUUCGACCAGUGCAAGAUCCAUGUUGAGCGGAUAUUGAAUGGCACCGAAACUCAUGGACCCAUCAACAACGAGACGAUCGAGGAAUACGGGUACAUCUACCAUGGCCCGGUUGCCGGGAUAAACCCCGACUUUCCUCGUCCGAAAUUGCUCACAAUCACCAGAGAAGGCUGCCAGGCUCUCUGCGGACUCAAUGACCCGGAUUACUACUGGGUAACGGAUAUAAGUCUGACAUUGAGCAUUGUGUCAAACUGGGUCAUACCAAUUAUCGCACUUCUUGCCGUACUUCCUUACGAAUCGUCUGAUGGGAGUGAGAGCAAGACAACCAGGUUGAAAGAGACGUGGGCUAAGAUACUACGGAUAAGUGGCCACCUGCUGAACUGGCUCGGUUCACCGCAGACAGCGCUCACGGCGGUCUUUUUCAACAUUGAGCAGAUGCGGAUGUGUCUCGUCGCUGCCAAACAGCCCGAGACAGAUGCUGAAGAACAAUACACCACUCGAAGAGAACUGAAACGGGACGCGUACUACGUGCUGUGCUGCAUAGGGCAGUAUCAGUUGCCUGAGGACACAGAUUGCUUCCUGGAUGGGCUCCUCUAUAGCCUCUUCAGGCCCCUCUGCAAACCAGUUGGUGAAGAGCAUGACACAGACGAACGGAGACGCACGGCGGAGGCAUGGACAACAGAACUGCUUCGCGCCAUGGCACGACAAAUGAGGGCAUCACGGCGCCGUGGCGUAUGGCCGACGUUUGCGAGCAUCAUUCUCUUUUUCGUUGCAUACGGAGUCUCAGUUGCGUUGGCCUUUAGCAAUGACAUGGGUGACCGGACAACAACGCACUCUCUGGCGUAUGGGAUACUGAUCAGCUGGCUCCCACUGCUGGUCUUGUUUGCUAUUCUGGAUCGGAAUCCCAACUCCGCCGAGCGAACCAGGACACUCAUCUUCCGCUGGAUGUGGAACGGCAGGGCUGUCAAGGCCUGGGAGAACGACCUUACGAUGCAAACCCCGAACUGGUGGUCCCCAGCCAAAAGGAAGAAACCUCAGGCCAAAUCCGAACGCCAUCAGAAUCCCAAGAGCUUCCCAGACCGCAGGCAAACCGCUCAGAAAUAUCCCCAGGCCAUACUGGAUGAGGUUCAUGGUCAAGAAACCUCUCUGGCUUGUAGCCAACAAACUCGGAGUCCACCUACUAACUGGGACUGUAUCCCAGGUAGAUUCAUUGGCCAGGGGCGAGAGAUAGGCUACAACGGCCUAACCUACGAAAUCGUCUCCGCCGUCAGAGACAAAUCAGGGGAAAAUCUUUGGCGUCUCAUCAACAACCGCAACAUGACUCGGACUGAGUUCAAGUUUCUUUUCCCACCACACGAGCAUCGUCCGCCAGCGUCAUGGUGGUUCCUGUCUGUGAUAUCACUGCUGCUCGUGCUGUUCGAGAUUGGCAUGGCUGUGAUGAUGUCGAGUACCGUUCCCACAGUCGGGGUUGGAUGCCGUUCGGGGUUGUACAUCAUCUAUGCGCUCCUAACCACCGGCACAUGGGUCCUUCAUUUGUUUCCCUGGUUUCGACGACAGGGGUUCUGGGCUAAGGUCUUUGGUUAUGGCUUGUGCCUUUUGGCUACCCUUUGCUUGACCUUCACAACGUUUGCCUCGUUCAGCGGAGUGCUGAAGAACUGCAUAUGCCGAGCCGGGUUUAGCGGCUACCUUGACUUUGAAGAAGCCGAGUUUUAUCGCAAGAAGGAGCACUUUGACGUCACAAAGUGGUGGUGGAUAGCAGCCAUUCUUGGGGCGUUCCCAGUAAUCAUGUUGUUCAUGAUUGCCGUUGUUCUUAUAAUGCUGUUGCAACCUCUCUGGCAAGAUGACGCAGAAUGUGAGUGGAUUGAUAAUGGAGCAGCUGGGGAGAACAGCAGGUCAGGUGGUAGGCAGGAGGAUAUCCAGGGUGCCGAUAUGAAAUGGCUGGACUAG